AUGGGGGCGGCCGCUUCCAACAAGUCCCAAGCGACCAAGGCCGUCGUAGUGGCCAGUACGGAGCACUCGGGAUCUGUCCGCUUCCAAGGGGCUGCGAGGCAUGUUGCGCGCUGGGUCAAGCUACCCACCAGCUGCGAUGCGGCAAGCGUGGGGAACCUUCUGCUGAGAGACUGGCGCCUGCAGCCACCCAGCGCAGUGGUCACUCUGGUCGGCCCCAACUGCGCCGCCGACGCAGUUGGCAUCACUGCCCCAGACGCCGCCGGCAUUGGUCCAGAGCAGGUGAGCGCCAUGACCCUCGAGGAGGGGCUUAGGCUCGCCACCGAUCUACCUCUGCAGGAGUUCCGCGACGGGCUACGCGGUGCACUCCGCGUGAGCAAUGCGUGGCUCAUCACCGAUGGCGUCUCUGAGGGCGUCGGCGGGCUUAUCGGCAGGCCGAGGCCGACGGGCGGGGAGGUGGAGGACCUGCCCUGCCUGGGGAUUGCGUCGUGGGAGAAGGUUGCUCAGAGGGGCGAGCUUGCCAAGGCGCGGACGGGGCGCUGCGUCAUGUACGAGAAUCCAAAGGGCACCUCGUACGCUGGCCCAGACGAUCUGCAUCUCCAGCCUCGCCACUCUCACUUUCUACUCCUCGAGGAUGAUGCGCGCGGUGGGAAAGGAGACGGGCGUGGCCGGCUGCGAAAGGGUCUCGAGAACUUCAUAAAUGAGGAGGACCUCUCCGGCGAUGGUGUAAAGACCCCCAUCGUGCUGCUCGUUGUUAAUGGCGGCGCCGAGACCCUGGAGCGCCUCUGCGAUGCUCUGAGUGAGGAGCCUCAAGACCCCAUCCUAAUCGUCGCUGGCACUGGAGGUGCGGCCGAUGACAUCUUUGCCUACCACAACUGGCGGUCCCGGCAGGAGGGGGAGAGCCGCACGCAGGGCGACUCUGGCGUCCCGGGUGAGCACGAGGCCGCACAAUGGCUCGCCGCCGGUCCCGGCCGCUCGGCAGCUUACCUCGAUGCAGCACGGCGGUUGGUGCCGCGCAUCUACGAGCGCGGACAGCAAAAGGGCCACAACUCCAAGGCAGCGCUCGGAUUUUACAGCUUCUCGAGGGGCUAUGAUGAUGCCGAUGCCUUCAAGAACGCCAUCCUUGCCAGCCUGCUCGAGAGCUGCAGCAAUGGGCACCGGCCGGCACCCGUCCUCGGCGCGUCCCGGCGAGCCAGCCGCCCCGCGGUCACCAGAUACAUCGAGCGCAACGCGCCCCCAGCCGGCCUUCAGCCGCCGGCGAGCAAUCCGUCGCCCUCUCGAGCGGCGGUGACCGCUCCGCCAUCCACCUCAACACCUCUUGUGCCACCCAGCUACACAGAGGCCUUCUUGGCAAGCCUCCCCGGCGCGGGCACCGCGGACGCGGGGCAGAGAGCGGCGCGGACGGGUGCAGAGGCGGGAGAGAUUGGGUCGGCGCCCCCAUGA